AUGUCUAACACGCCUAUAGUUUAUUACCACCCGGAGUGCACAUUUUGUCAAAUCAUCCACGGCGACAUUCCCUCUUUGAAACUCAUUGAAACUAAAUAUUCUUAUUCAUUUUUGGACAUUGAACCUACAGCAGAGGGUCACAUUAUUAUUAUCCCGAAAUACCAUGGUGCCAAAUUACAUAACAUCUCAGAUCAAUAUUUGGUGGACAUCUUACCCAUCGCUAAGAGAUUUGCCAAAGCGUUAGAGUUAACUGCGGGCGAAGAUGAAUUAGAAGGCCCAGGAUAUAACUUAUUACAAAGCAAUGGGAAGAUCGCUUCCCAGCAAAUUGGACAUGUCCAUUUCCAUUUUAUCCCAAAGAGAGAUAAAGAGACUGGUUUAUUGAUUGGUUGGCCUGCCAAGAAAAGUGAUCAAGAGAAAUUGAAAGAUCUACAGAAAAAACUAAUGAAUUCUUUGGAAGGUGAUUAA